CUGCGGAGCCCCGGGAGCGGGACUGGGGGACCGGGGAGGGGACCGGGACCGGGGGGGCUGUCCCCGGCCGGCUCUGCCCACCCCGCUCCGGCACCGCCCGCGCCGCCCAUAAAAGCCCCGCUCGUGCCUCGCCCGCCGCAGUCGGGUCCGCGGCACCGGCUGCGCCCCGAGCCCGCGGCGGGGCCGGGCGGAACCGCCGGCGGCCGGGAGCCAGCGCGGAUCCGCAGCCCGAACCGGGGAAUCCGCAGCCCGAACCGAGCGGGGAUCCGCAGCCCGAACCGCGGAAUCCGCAGCCGGAACCGGCUACAUCCCGAACCGGGGAAUCUGCAUCCCCAACCGGGGAAUCUGCAUCCCCAACCGGCUGCAGCAGGUACCGACAGGAGCCGCAUCUCGAACCGGCUGCUUCCCGGAGCGACUGAAUCCCGAAUCGCGAGGGAUCCGCACCUGCUCUGCUGCACCCGCAUCCCAGUGCGGUGCCGAACCGGGCGGGACCCGCGCCCCGAACCGGGCGGGACCCGCACUCCGAACCGGUAGGAAUCCGAACCGUGGGGAAGCCGCAGCCGAGCCCGGAGGGAGCCGGACCCCGAACCAGCCCCGCAGCCCGAACCAGCCCCGCAGCCCGGGCCAGCCGUGCCCGAGCCGGGCGGGACCCGCAGCCCGGGCCAGCCCCACACCCCGGGCCAGCCGCGCCAUGGCCGCGCUCCCGGCUCCAGCUGCCCCCGGGCACCGGAGGGACCGGCACCCCAAAGCUGCUGCACCCUGACCCAGACGGGUUCUGCACCCCAAAGCUGCUGCACCCUGAGCCAGACGGGUUCUGCACCCCAAAGCUGCUGUCCCCAAAGCGGGAGGUGCCCAUGCCCUGAAGCAGCCACGCACCCCAAAGAGGCUGAGCCAGCAGGGAUCUGCACCCCAAAACUGGCUGUGCACUGAUCCUACUGCACCCCAAACCAGCAGGGAUCUGCACCCCAAAACUGGCUGUGCACUGAUCCUACUGCACCCCAAACCAGCAGGGAUCUGCACCCCAAAACUGGCUGUGCACUGAUCCUACUGCACCCCAAACCAGCAGGGAUCUGCACCCCAAAACUGGCUGAUCCAGGUCCCUGCACCUCAGAUUGGCUGAUCCCAGUUCCUGCACCCCAAACUGACUGAUCCAGAACGUCCCUGCACCCCAAAUUGGCUGAUCAGGAGGUCCCUCACCCCAGUUUUGCUGAUCCAAGAGGUUCCUGCACCCCAAGUUGGCUGAUCCAGAAGGUCCUUCACCCCAGUUCUGAUCAGGAGGUCCUUCACCCCAAUUCUGCUGAGCAGGAGGUCCCUCACCCCAAAUUGGCUGAUCAGGAGGUCCCUCACCCCAAUUCUCCUGAUCAGGAGGUCCCUCACCCCCAUCUCCCGUGGCCAUGGAUGAGGCCCCGCCGCUGGCGGCCGAGCUGGAGCUGGAGCCCCUCAACGCCUCCCUGAACGAGUCCUGGAGCAACCCGUUCGUGCAGCCGCCGUGGCAGGUGGCCCUGUGGGCCGUGGCCUACGCGCUCAUCGUGGUGGUGGCCGUGGUGGGCAACGCCGUGGUCAUGUGGAUCAUCCUGGCGCACAAGCGGAUGCGCACGGUCACCAACUACUUCCUGGUGAACCUGGCCUUCGCCGAGGCCUCCAUGGCCGCGCUCAACACCGUGGUCAACUUCAGCUACGCCGUGCACAACGAGUGGUACUUCGGGCACGCCUACUGCCGCUUCCACAACUUCUUCCCCAUCGCCGCCGUCUUCGCCAGCAUCUACUCCAUGACGGCCAUCGCGCUGGACAGGUACAUGGCCAUCAUCCACCCGCUGCGGCCGCGCCUCUCGGCCGCGGCCACCAAGGCUCUGAUCGGGCUGAUCUGGCUGCUGGCGCUCCUGCUGGCCUUCCCACAGGGAUAUUUCUCCAUCACCCACGAGCUCCCGGGACGCCUCGUCUGCCUCGUGGAGUGGCCGGAGCCCGGCGGAGCCGUGUCCGGGAAAACGUACCACUUUUCCAUGACCGUCCUGCUGUACGUGCUGCCGCUGCUGGUGAUCGGCUGCGCCUACGCCGCCGUCGGCCGCACGCUCUGGGCCAGCGCCAUCCCCGGAGACUCCUCCGACCGCUACCACGAGCAGGUGUCGGCCAAGAGGAAGGUGGUGAAGAUGAUGAUCAUGGUGGUGUGCACCUUCGCGCUCUGCUGGCUGCCCUACCACGUCUACUUCACGCUGCAGUACCUGCGGCCCCAGUGGUACCUGCAGAGCUUCAUCCAGCAGGUCUACCUGGCCGUCAUGUGGCUGGCCAUGAGCUCCACCAUGUACAACCCCAUCAUCUACUGCUGCCUCAACGACAGGUUCCGGGUGGGAUUCAAGCACGCGUUCCGGUGGUGCCCGUGGGUCAGCGCCGGCGAGUACGAGGGGCUGGAGCUGCGCUCGGCGCGCUUCCUGCACACGCACAGCUCCGUGUCCAAGCUCAGCCGCAUGGACACCACCACCGUGGCCUCGGCGCUCGGCGCGGCCGACGAGGAGCUGGACGAGCCCGGCCGGGCCAGGCGGCUCUCCCUGGACAUGACCUCCAACGGCUCCUCCCGCAGCGACUCCAAGACGGUCUCCGAGAGCUUCAGCUUCUACUCCAACACCCUGACCUAGGGAUGUCCCCUCAGUGCCACCCUGGUGUCACCGCCCUGCUUGUGCCAUGCCGGCGCUCCCCGUGCUGUUUUCCCAUCUCUUUCCUUGGGAUGAGUUCUGUUGUGGGGCCAGACACCAGGAAUGUUUGCACUGCCUGGUUGGAGAUGGAGGGGAUGCAGGAACGGGACAGAGCCGGGUUUUCCUCCGGAAUUCCAACACUGGCCGGCACUUCCGUGCUCUCUCCAGGGCAGGAGGGACCUCUCGGUGCAUCCCACCCCAUGGAAAACGACCCCAUCCUGCACCUCCCUCCUCCCAUCCUUAAUUUCAUUCUCCCUGCUGGAUAUCCAGGGGGAUCUUGAAUCCCUAAAUCCCAAAAAGGCUUUUCCAGCUCCAUGGGGAGUCAUUGGCCACAGCGCAGAUUUUGGGAUUCAAACAGGCCUGGCCCUGGUUCGGGUCUGUUUGGCAGAAAAACCGCGGCGCCUUUGGAAGCCGCAGCCAAGGAUCCAGCGGCGCCUUUGGAAGCCGCAGCCAAGGAUCCAUCCGGGAGCCAUUCCCAUUGUUCGGAGCGUUUUUUCUGGGAUUGCUGUGGAUACAAGGCCAGCCCCGCCCAUCCUUGUCUUUAUUGUUGUUUUUAUUUUCUGUCCCUCGAGGGCUCCUCAUGGCCGAGCGUUCCAGGAUGGAAGCUCAGGAUCCGCUGUUUAUGGAGCGUUCCCCCAGGGAAUGACGGGAUUUGGGUUUUUUGGGAUUUCUGUGUCCUUGCUUGAGCCCUCGUGUGAGGUCACAGAGCCCAGCCUGGGAGCUCCGGGGGUUUAUUUCCCAUUAAAAUCACCACAAUCUGAAAGAAAUCCAAUUUUCAGCCUUCAGGACCCACUAUGGGCCUUCCAGCCUUCCCCAUUCUGGGAUUUUGGGAUUUAUUCCUCUCCCAAACCCUGCCCCAAAAUCCUGUGUCCAGCUGAAAAUGGACACAAUCGUUAUAAUGCAAAGUUUAGCACGGGAAACCCCUUUUUCCUUGGAAUAUCCAGCCCAAACCCAUCCCUGCAAAAUAUCCACCUCAAAUCCCAUUCCUGCUGGAAUAUGCACCCCAAAUCCUAUCCCUGCAGAAUAUCCGCCCCAAAUCCCAUCUCUGUGGAAUAUCCACCCCGAAUCCCAUCCCUGUGGAGUAUCCACCCCAAAUCCCAUUCCUGUGACUCUGACAUCCCUGGGGAAUUCAGGAUGGCGGCAGCUGGAAGGAGCUUUCCAGGAAGUUCUUCCCAUGGGAGCAUCCCAAGAAAGAGGGAACCCAACCGUCCUUCCCAAAGUGUCUCAGGAUUGUCCCAGCAUGGAUUUUCAUGGAUAAAUAUUCCUUUGAUGUGGAGAAUGGUUCGUUAUCCCUUAACGAGGGGAGGAGGGGUGGGAGCGGGAAGAGGUGGAAAAGCUAAAAUUCCAUAAAAAAUAUGGAUGAUGGGUUUGGGGCACCUUCAGUGGGAGGGGUUUGCCCUGAAAUUCACCGACACAGGAAAAGGGAUAAUUCCCAAAAUUCCUCCUCAAAUUCAGGGCUGGGAGUGCGGCACUGACUCCCAAAUCACAGAAAAGGCUCCGAUCCCUCCCGGAGCGCAGGCAGGGCUCAGGGCCGCUCCGUUCUCCAGGCGAUUCCUGGCAUUUCCAGCGUCCCUGAUGGAUCCCAGCUCCCGUUCCCGGGCUGGGCUUCCCCAGUCCCGCUGCUCCGCCAGGAACACGCAUUCCGUGUUUUUCCAAGCGCGACAUUCCAGGUGGGAAUUGCGGGAGCAUCCCGCCCCCGCUGGCGGUUCUGGCUGGCUGGAAUUCUGGAUUUUAAUUAAAGCGGCGUUCCCAGGAUCAGCUCAAUCCCACAGGCCCAGUAAACUCCGGCUGUUGGUUUUCCAUCAGUGAUUUUAUCCAGGAUAAAGGAGGGAAGCGAUAAACAUCCACAUGUUCCUGGCCGAGCUUCCCGUGAACACCAGGCUGGAUCCCCUUUCCCAGCAGGAUUCAGAUCCCAACCGAGCCAUU